AUGAAAGACUUAUCAACAUUUCCUCUCAUUCUAUUACAAAAAAUUAUAAGUUUUGUCGAUGACCCAAUAGAUCAGAUAUGUUUCACUCUUACUUGUAAACAAUGUUUUUAUCAGUUACCAGAAAAGUAUACUUUCAACACCACAGACAAAGAGUUAUACGACUCGUCUCACUACAAUGGUGAAUUCUUUCUAUUGAAAUCCUUCAAAUCUCCCAUUCUUAAAUCUAUUGAAACAAAAAGUUAUAAAUUAUCUUAUUUUUAUGAAACCAAUUAUCAGAUCUAUAAAAAGAAUCUACCAGUUGGAAUCACUCAUUUGGCAAUCAACGAGCUUUAUACUCGUGAUUUCUACGAGAAUGAACUACCGGAAACACUAAAGUCACUGGUGUUCGAACGGUAUGCUAAAUUCAAUUUGCAUUUCACAGAGGGCUCACUUCCACAAUCGCUUCGUGUAUUGACUCUUGGAGUUAUGUUUCAACAGCCUAUCUAUGCCGGUGACUUUCCACCAUUGCUGGAGGAGCUAAAUUUCGGUGAUGGCUACGAUCUUCCAUUUGAAGUCGGUGUACUACCGCCGGCACUAAAGACUCUCACUUUUGGCCAUUCGUUUAAUCAACCACUGAAAGAGUCGGUUCUACCCAAUGGAUUGACUAAGCUCGUUUUCGGUGAUAAGUUCAACCAAACACUCGAACAACUGCCACCCUCUAUCACCAAGCUGACGGUGGGUGCCAAUUUCAACCAGCUGAUUCCCGAGAGAACGCUACUUCCAAAACUGCGCAGUCUUACUCUUCACGGCAGUUAUCCACAUCUGUUGGCACUGCCAUCGGUCGAUAAACUCAAGUCAAUUGGCUACAUGAAUACACCGCUGCUGACACACCUCAAAGGAAAUCUCAUUGCUGAACACAACGGUCCGUUGCUACAAAAGAUCAGUUUCGAUAGAUUCUACAAUACCAGCAAUAUUGCACCUGGUCUCAUACCUAGCUCUGUUGGCGAGAUUGUAUUCGGUUAUUGGUUCAACUCUAACUUGAAAGUCGGAGUGUUUCCAAAUGGUUUGACCAGAUUGGAUUUCGGAAAUACAUUCAAUGAAGUUCUGGAUGCUGGAUUGCUGCCACCAACACUACUGUCACUACAGCUAGGUGGCCGGUAUCUUCAUAAGCUGGUGCCAGGUGUACUUCCAGCAUCUUUGGAGUCACUUGAGUUUGGUACAGAGAAAAGUAGAUACACACGCAAAGAGUUGUCGUUGGCAGUGCCAGCUUCUCUAACCUACUUAGCAUUGCCUAUUGGUUAUAACGAUGAUCUACCCCCAUUUGUAAAGACUGUUAAGUUGCUAGAGAACACUGCAUGUCCAAAACGUUGUUUGAACUACUCAAUGUUUGCUACACAACCAUUUGGUUCAACCAUCGAAAUGAAAGUCAACGUUUAUGAUUCAAUACAAAUAAGACGUUUGGACAAUAGAUAUUCAUUGGUUAUCUCUCAGUAUAUAGAUGGUGGAUAUAUAGAAAGUAAAAGACUAUCGGAUGGUUCAUUCUUUGAGGAGAUCGAAUGUAUAGACGAGUCUGAUUCGGAAGAAGGAGAAGUCUAUUAUGACCAUCAAGUAGAAUCUAUGGACCAGGACGACGAUAGUAAAUCGAAAUGUUAUAAUCUAUAUAUUGAUUCGGAUCGUGACGAUACCUCUGAAGAUGAAGCCGAUCAAAUGUUGUAUGCACAACAACUAAGAAGAGAUAGAUCUCAAGAACAACAACAACAACCAGUUCAAAUCCCAUAUCCACCACCAGCGCAACAAUAUAACGAACCAUUGCCAUUUGGAUUUGGAUUAGGAGUUAGUUCAGUGCCACCACAGACAACAACACCAACAACCGGAUCAUCAUUUGGAUCGACAACAAACUCAUUGGCCCAACCAGCACCAUCAAUGCCUUACUUUGGACCUGGAGUUACGAAUGUAUCGUACGGAGCUUUUGGAUCAACAUCGAACUCACAACAACCAACAACCGGAUCAUUUGGAUCGACAACAAACUCAUUGGCCCAACCGGCACCGUCGAUGCCUUACUUUGGACCUGGAGUCACGAAUAUAUCGUACGGAACUUUUGGAUCAACAUCGAAUUCACAGCAGCCAACAAUUACACCACCGCCAACGCUUGGUCAAGGAGUCACAUCUGUAUCACAACCUUCAACCGGAUCAUUUGGAUCGACAACAAACUCAUUGGCUCAACCAGCACCAUCGUUGCCUUAUUUUGGACCUGGGGCAACGAAUGUAUCAUAUGGAACUUUUGGAUCAACACCGAAUUCACAGCAACCAACAAUCGGAUCAUUUGUACCAAUAAACUCAUUGGCUCAACCAGCACCAUCGAUGCCUUAUUUUGGACCUGGAGCUACGAAUGUAUCAUAUGGAACUUUUGGAUCGAUUGCAACAAACUCUGCUGGCUCGCAACCCACAUUCUCUGGAUUUAAUGGAACUUUUGUAUCAAUGUCAAACACACAAACAACAACACCUUUGGGAUCAACAACAAAUCCUCAGCCAACAGCUUCAAACCCUAAUUUCACAGCCAAGCCAGCUAAGCCUGCACCCACGAACUUCACAGCCAAACCAGCUACACCAAUGAAUUUUACGGCGACUUUUAUACCCAAGCCAGCUAAGCCUGCACCCACGAACUUCACAGCCAAACCAGCUACACCAAUAAAUUUUACAGCCAAGCCAAUGAACUUCACAGCCAAAUCAACUGGUUUUGCAAUUGCCCCAUCACCAGUAUCAGAGAAUCCGCCUAAUACCAAUACUACUGAUGAUGCCGUCUCAGUCGAUAAAGAUAAAGAAAUGACAGAUCCAAUUGAUUUAGAUGAUAAUUCAAAGUGA